AUGGCAAAGGUCAUUUUCACACCAUGGAAGGAGCACUCGCAAUUACUCGCGGUGCGGAGUCAAUUCUACCCUGCACCCUUCUAUGAUGGGCCCGACAUGCGCUCCAAGGCCUGCGCUACUGUUGCAGCUUGGAAGCUACGGGGAAACCUGCCACAUUCUGUUGAAGCCACGGCCUUGCUAACGGACGCUAUUCUCCAUGAUGAUGCCCUGAAAAAUUCCAUCUUUUCUAUUCGGGCUACGUACUCGGCUGCGUUUUGUCGAUUCGUGACGGGGCUCGUCGACUCCAAGCUGAACGGUCAGCGUAAGACCAUGUUCCAACGAGCCAUUGAUCUGGGCCUACCGGCCUCCUUUGUGGAACUGCGUCACGAGGCCACGCAUCGUGAACUGCCUUCUCUGACAGUCCUGCGCAAUGCCACGCAGCGGUCCCUUGAGUGGUUGUGGGAUUACUACUGGGCCAAGACUGACCUGAGUGCUGAUACGGUGCCUGUGUCGGAACCCGAGGCAUUUGACGGCGCUGAAGAUGACGUCGAGCCCAUCAAGGCGGCUUUGAGAACUGAAUUCGAGCACUUGCUGGCUGAAGAGGAGUCGUCAGAACCGCCGCGCAAGAAGAGGCGGUUCCAGCAGAAUGUCUCGUUUACUUCUACGCAUUUGAUCUCGAUUUGCAAGUCUUCCAGUCGUGGGGCGUCUGCGCUAGCAGGCGUGAUUGUGGAGGACUCAUUGUUGGUUCCUGCUGGUCGGAAGAUGGGUGACUCCAUGACGGGAAUGUUUGCUAAGUGGGAUUCGUUAUUACAGAUGCUCGCCGAGGGCCAUCCCCCGGCCCUGGCAUCCCUGACGGAGGAGAUGGUGAAUGUACUGGCCUUUUCAGGCUCAAAGAACGUGAAAAAUGACCCUCAGCUCGAAGGAUUGUACAUGUGGCUGGACCAUAUACUUCAAUCGCCGGAAUGGGGGUCUCGAAGACGACUACUGUCCCACGCUUACCUUCUUGCCGUUUGCGAGCAGAGUUUGAACCACUGGACUGCACUUCUUAAGGAGAGCCUACAGCAGAGGACGGACGAUCUGGCACCUAAGAAGCCGGCGUCCACAUCAAAGAAACACUCAAAGAAGGACGGGUCUGGCCUCAAGCGGACUGCAGAUGCCGACGAUCUGAAAGAGUUGAAGAAAUUCGGAUGGGAGACGGUAGAUACGUGGGAUACGCGACCGUUAGGGAUAGUAUAG